ACGAGUUUUGUAAUUUUGUUUCUGAUCCAAGCAGACCCUCAACCAAAAUCCCAAAUGACAUGGCAAAUUCUGAUCUGUGUGCCGUAGCCGCCAUUGACGACAAAGAACCAGAGCUAAGCUACAGCUUGGACCCUGAAACUGUGUCGUUUUCUCUACCGUAAAAAUCGCAGCUUUGGCAUAUUCCGUGUAAAAAAGAUGAGGUCUUCUUUGGAGACAAUCAACAUCGCUGCAAGUACUCAGAAGCUUGAAGUUGAUAAUCGAAUUUCUCUUCGUUUCUACUAUCGGAUUGCAGAUAAUAUCCUCAAACAGGCGGAUAUCUUUCGUGCUGAGAAUAAUAUUGUUGAUUUAUAUAUCAUGCUGCUAAGAUUUUCUAGCCUGGUCUCUGAGACAAUUCCAUGUCACCGAGACUAUAGAACAUCUCCACAAAGCAAGAAAGUAUCAUUAAGAAAGAGAUUGUUAAAUUCUAUGAAUGAACUGGAGAAGUUGAAACCACUGGUACGACAGAAGAUCAUUGAGUUUAACAGCAGGCAAGCAUAUCAACACAAUGGGUGGGAAAAAAAUCAUUCAAAUAGUUUGAUGCAUUUUUCUCCAAUGAAAAAGGAAACCUUGCCUAGUUACGGUCUAAUAAAGGAAGUCAGACCAAGAGCUGGAGAGUUUGUUUCCGAGGGAUCAAGGGGUCAGCCUUUUUCUUAUGCAAAGCCUAUUGACGAGAAAAUGAGACGAUUAUCUCUAACUCUCCCACGUCCAACAGAUGAAACUCUCUCUAGACAUUCGAUUCUUGGUCCCAGUGGGCUUAACGGGCAGUGGCUACCACCUAUAAGUGAUAAACGGGUCAGGUAUCCAUCCAACAUUGAUCUCUCACCAAUUGAAAUUCCAAGCCUACAACAAGAUUUGGAAGAUGGAUCUCAGAAGAAAAAAGAUAAUAGCACUGUAGAACACAAUAAUUUGGAUAUGAAUUCCAGUCUUACUCAAACUGAGGACUGCCAGGCUCAGCAUGCUGAUGAACCUCCUUCUCUUAUCUCUUUUGAAGAAGUAACAGAAAUCACUCCUCAAAUAGAAGUUAUAAGACAGCCUUCUCCGCCGCCUGUACUUGCUGAAGUACAAGAUUUGGUUCCUCCAGUUUCACAUCAGGUUAAUGAUGUGGAAUGUAAGAUAGAGACCACAUCAUCAGAUAAUUUCCUUUGUGGCGAGUCUCCUUUGCAACUACACAUU